UCGUUAUCAUUACCAUUUUUAGAGCAUCCCUCAAAUUAAACCCCAAUUUUCAACAAUCCAACGUCACAAAUAUAUUCAUCUUUUUAGUCAUACUUCUACUACUCCUCACAAAAAAAAAUGUCUAUCCAUGCAUCUUCCUUUUCCUUUGACUAGUUUAUAUAUUUAUUUAAUUAUAAUAUAAAACAAAAUUCAAUCCCCUAUCACGACCGAAAUCUACUUUAAUUUUCUAUUUACAUCAUAUAUUUAUACACAUAUAACCCAUCAAAAUUCAUCAUCAUCACACCCCAAAAUGAUCACCAUUCUAUUAUGGUUGCUAAUUACACCCAUUUUGUUUUCCCUAAUUAAAAUUAUCAUUAAUACAUCCAUUUUUUUCAUCAUUAAAAAUUUCUUAAUCCAUCUCUUAGAUCAAUUUCAUGUAUAUUCUUUAUAUAAAAUCCCACAAUAUAAUCAUCAUUUACAAGAAAAUAUUUUGUAUAGAAAAAUAUUUUCUUACAUAAAAUCAUUACCUUCAUUAGAAGAUUCGGGUUUUGCAGCUUUAUUUUCAGGGGAUAAACAAGGUGAUAUUAUUGUGUCAUUAGACACUAAUUACGGAUAUGUUUUAGAUUCAUUUUUACAAGCUAAAAUAAUUUGGAUUAUUAAAAAAUAUGAUAAUAAUAAUGGAAAUGAGAUUAUUUUGAAGAUUAGGGCUAAAGAUAAGAAAAGAAUUUUGGUGUCAUAUAUGCAACAUAUUUAUAAAGUAGUUGAUGAUAUUGAGCAUAAGAAAAAAGAUUUGAGGGUUUUUCUUAACCGUUCAUCUAGUGAUGAUGGGUUUAAUCAACGGUGGAGAUCUUUUCCUUUUGUUCAUCCUUCAUCAUUUGAUAGUAUUGUGUUAGAUAAUGAUGUUAAGAGUAAGGUUAAGAAUGAUCUUGAAUUGUUUUUGAAGUCUAAGCAAUAUUAUAAUAAAAUUGGACGUGUUUGGAGGAGGAGUUAUUUGUUUUAUGGUGGACCCGGUACAGGUAAGUCUAGCUUUGCAGCUGCUAUGGCGAAUUUUUUAUCGUAUGAUAUAUAUGAUAUUGAUCUUUCGAAGGCUUAUGAUGUGUCUGAUUUGAAAAUUUUGUUGUUACAAACUACUAGAAAGUCAUUGAUUUUAGUGGAGAAUUUGGAUUUGUAUUUGAUGGGUAAGGAAAAUAGUGUGAGUUUAUCCACAAUAUUGAAUUUUAUGGACGGUGUUGUGUCAAGUUGUGGUGAUGAAAGGGUUAUGGUUUUUACAAUGAAUUGUAAAUAUCCUAUUGACCCAUUGGUUCUAAGACCGGGUCGGGUUGAUGUUCAUAUUCACUUCCCAUUUUGUGAUUUUAAUGGGUUCAAAGCUUUGGCUUUGAGUCAUUUGGGUGUAAAAGAACACAAGUUAUUUGGUCAAGUGGAAGAUUUGUUUCAACAAAAUUUAUCACGAGUCAGCCCAGCUGAGGUUGGUGAGAUUAUGAUAUCAAAUAGGUUAUCUCCUAAUCGAGCUAUAAAAGCAAUUAUUAAGGUAUUACAAGGUGAAGUUGAUGGAAGCAAAUAUUCAAAUGGAUCGGGUCAAGAAUUAAAUGUGGGUAGAGAUCCAAGUCCAGAGAAAUUAGACAGGUCAGAGAUUAAAAUUAGGAGAGAGGGUCUUAAUGCCAUAAGAGAAAUUCAAAAAAUGUAUGGAAGGUUAAGGUUAAAAAAUAGUAGGAGGGAGGAAUCUUUAGAUUUGAGUGUAAAUGGAGCAUGAUACUAAAUAGUUUUUUUUAGUAACAAGGUGUUAUUCCAGAGGAACAGAUACAGUAAUUUAAUUUAUAAUUUAAAAUAUUAAAAAUUUGUAGUGUUUGUUGGUUUAUUUUUUAUAUAUGUUACAAAGGAGGCCAUCAAAUUAUUAGAUGAUGUAAUUAAUCAUGUAAAUACCCCUUAUUAUUGAAUUAUAUAUAGUUGCAUUUUUUCA